CACUUUAAAUUGUUUAUUAGUUUUGAAAUGCAUCAGAUACAUAGUUGCUUUUCUUUUAAUACAAAACAUGUAAUUUCAGAACUAAAUUCUUGUAGUUUUCAAACCUAGCAGCUACAAUAGUUGUUUCUAUAGAUCGCCCAACGAUUCCUUGCCCAAUCUAUCCAUUCACAUCGAAGUACGCUCCAUUGAUCACUGAUCAACAGGUUUGCCUUAAGAGCACCUUAUACAUCGGUAAUCUUAAGAGUUGCAAUACAGCAUCGGAAAAGUCAGAGAGUGCUGCGAUCUGCUGAAAUCACUCUUUGUGUAUCUCUUCGACGCGGUCUGGUCGUUUUCUUGUCAGUUUUGAUAAGGCCACCUUGAGACGGUGCAAAAACAAGCACAAUCGCAAAACGACAGCGACUCUCGGCUCUCGAAUUAAAAACGCUGGCGAUUCGCUUAAAUUUGCAGGCCAAUUCUCUAAACGAAUUCAGUUGAAAAAGGCGCGUUGUGCGAAACGGGCAUCAACAGUUUUUAGCGGUUUAUUUUCAACUUAAAAAACAAAAAAAUAAACCAGAAAAACAAAACAGAAAACAAAGCUAAAUAAAAACAAACCUCAUGUAAUUGAAACAUUCUACCAAUUUAAACGUUAAUGCAUAGAUCUGUUUCUGAAGUAAAUUUGGAAAGACGCGUUGAGCACGUGCCGCACAUUCGCAGACACCUUGAAAAUACCGCAAAAAUAAAUCAAAAUAAAAAGGCAAAACUGAUAAGAGUUUAUUUAUCGGAGCGAGUAAACGCGUGCUAGCUAAAAAUAACGGCAACAAUAAUAUUUAAUUAAUUCAUUUGCGCGAUUUGCGAGGGGGCGUGGCUGUUCGAUCAACAAAACUUUUAAUUAUACUUCACCAUUAUUAAUUGCCAACGUCAACAGAAAUGCUUUUGCCCCUCCCGCCAUACACAUUAGUUAAAAACUUGUUUUUCUUGCGGAUUUGUAUUUAAUACCAAAUAUUUUACAUAUCGUUUGAAUUUCUCAUAUUUUACUCAAAAUAAAUGUUUGGUUUUAUCAGGUAUAUACUGAUACUCUGAGUUUAAUACAAACGGAUUUUCUGUGUAUUUUUGUGCGUUGCUUAUUUUGCUCUCUUCGCAUUUUUCGGCAACUUUGUUGUUGCUCGAUAUUUUUGCUUACAUUUUUAUUCGGCCUUUUCGGUUUUGUCGCGUUUUUGUGUGUCGCACGAUUUUCAACCAGUUUCUUCGGUCUUCUCAGCUCGAAAUAAGAAAUGAGAAGAGAGCCGAAAGUAAAAGAGAAUUGGCCAGAUCGUCUGUUUAUUUUAUUUUAUUUUUUUUUUUUGGCUGGCAAGCGAUUCUUCAAUGUUUUCGCGUUAAUUCUUGCGUUUAUUUUUACGUUGACGCCUUUUUUCUAUUUUUUUCUUUCUGUUUUGGCCAUUUCUCUGAUUAGAUAAUAUCUGGCGAAGAUCUCACGCUUCCUGCUUAGAUAAUCUACUUAGCCAGGGUCACCAAAAAUCACCCCACCUAAUUUCCCCCCUUUCCAAUACAGUGUAAAUACAAAUAUACAAACAUUGUAAGAUCAAAGUGAAUAAAGUGUGAAAAAAGCGUAAAACAAACAGCAAACAACUAAGGCAAAGGAAGAGUAAAGACAAGUAAAAUACCAUACCAUGGCCAUAGAGUCACGCUCUACGAGCACUGCAAGUGAAACAACCACAAAAGCCGCCAUCAAAUCAACAAUAAGCCCAAAAUCUCCAGUAACAUUCGCUAAUCUCGGCGAGAAAAGACGCGCCGAACAGCUGUUCCGCUGCGCCUGCGCCAACUUCAAUCUCCUGCUGCUGACUCUGAUACUCGGUUUCGGCAAAUGCUGCACUGCCACGCCCACGCCGCUGAGUACGCCCUCAACGGACACGCCCACCGCGGCAGUUAGCCCACAUAAUGCACAGGCGCUGGACGAGGGCGGUUCGCUGAGCAAGCUCAUCGAUGGCAAGGCCUUCAUCAACAUGGGAUUCAAGUUCCUCAACGUUUCCGGAAAGAUUGGCACACCCCUCGGCAUAGGCCAAUCCCUGGAGGCCAAGUGCGAUGAGAAGCAGUUCCAGUGCCACAGCGGCGACUGCAUUCCCAUUCGAUUCGUUUGCGACGGCGAUGCGGACUGCAAGGAUCACAGCGAUGAGCAGAUUAAGGAGUGCAAGUUUAUAGAGGCCACUUGCUCGUCGGACCAAUUCCGCUGCGGGAAUGGCAACUGCAUACCGAACAAAUGGCGCUGCGAUCAGGAGAGCGAUUGUGCCGAUGGCUCCGACGAAGCCAACGAAUUGUGCAUGAACGCCUGUCCCAACAACGAGUUCAAAUGCCAAACGGUCGACCAGUGCAUUCCGCGCAGCUGGCUCUGCGAUGGCAGCAACGAUUGCCGCGACAAGUCCGACGAGGCGCACUGCAGAGCCCGAACCUGUUCGCCGGAUGAGUACGCCUGCAAGAGUGGCGAGGGGCAGUGUGUUCCUUUGGCCUGGAUGUGCGACCAGAGCAAGGACUGCAGCGAUGGCUCCGAUGAGCACAACUGCAACCAGACCUGUCGUGCCGACGAGUUCACCUGCGGCAAUGGCCGCUGCAUCCAGAAGCGAUGGAAGUGCGACCACGACGACGACUGCGGCGACGGCUCCGACGAGAAGGAGUGCCCAGUGGUGCCCUGCGACUCCGUGGCGGAGCACACCUGCACGAAUGGAGCCUGCAUUGCCAAGCGGUGGGUCUGCGACGGGGAUCCGGACUGCUCCGAUGGCUCCGACGAGCGGUCCUGUGCGAAUGUGACCAAGACGACCACGCCCUGCCUGUCGCACGAGUACCAGUGCAAGGAUCGCAUCACCUGCCUGCAUCACAGCUGGCUCUGCGAUGGUGACCGCGACUGUCCCGACGGCGACGAUGAGCACACGGCCAACUGCAAGAACGUCACCUGCCGGGCGGACCAGUUCCAGUGCGGCGAUCGCAGCUGCAUUCCAGGACACCUCACCUGCAACGGCGACAAGGACUGCGCCGAUGGCAGCGACGAGCGGGAUUGCGGCUUGAGCCUCAGUCUGGGCGUCAACCAUGGCGGAUGCAACGCGACCAGCGAAUUCGACUGCGGUGGUGGUCAGUGCAUCGCCAUCUCGAAGGUGUGCGACAAGCGGAAGGACUGUCCGGAUGGCGAGGAUGAGCCGGCUGGCAAGUGCGGCAUAAACGAGUGCGCCGCGAAGAACGGCGGCUGCAUGCACCAGUGCAUCGAUCUGAAGGUGGGCCACCACUGCGAGUGCCACGAGGGCUACAAGCUGUCGCCGGACAAGCGGAACUGCCUGGACAUCAAUGAGUGCGAUGUGCCUGGCAAGUGCUCUCAGAUCUGCGUGAACGAAAUCGGGGGCUUCAAGUGCGAGUGCGAGGCGGGCUACAUGAGGGACCCCAAGAAUCACACCAGAUGCAAGGCCAGCGAAGGACACGCCUCCCUGCUCCUGGCCAGACGCCAUGACAUCCGCAAGAUAGCACUCGACCACAUGGAAAUGACCUCCAUAGUGAAUAGUACAAAGGCAGCCACUGCACUGGACUUUGUCUUCCGCACAGGCAUGAUCUUCUGGAGCGAUGUGACCACCCAGAGUAUAUACAAAGCACCGAUUGAUGAGGGUAACGAAAAGACAGUGGUGCUGACCAAAUCCUCGGUGACCUCGGAUGGCCUGGCUGUGGACUGGAUCUACAACCAUGUCUACUUCACGGACACCCACAAGUGCACCAUCGAGCUGACCAACUUCGAGGGCAGCAUGGGCAAGGUCCUGGUGAAGGACUCGCUGGACAUUCCGCGUUCCAUCGCCUUGGAUCCCAUCGAGGGCUGGAUGUACUGGUCCGACUGGGGCGCCUCUCCGCGCAUCGAAAGGGCGGGCAUGGAUGGCUCCCACCGCACCACCAUCAUCAGCUACGACGUCAAGUGGCCCAAUGGCAUCACUCUGGAUCUGGUUAAGAAGCGCAUCUACUGGGUAGAUGGCAAGCUGAACGUCAUCUCGUCGGCGAACUAUGAUGGCUCGCAACGGAGCCAGGUGCUCUACUCCGGCGAGUACCUGCGACAUCCCUUCUCGAUCACCACCUUCGAGGACAACGUCUACUGGACCGACUGGGACAAGCAGGCCGUCUUCAAGGCGAACAAGUUCACUGGGGAGGAUGUGGAGCCCGUCACAGCAAUGCAUAUGCUCCAGCAUCCGAUGGUGGUGCAUGUGUACCAUCCUUACCGCCAGCCGGAUGGCGUGAAUCACUGUCAGUCGGUGAAUGGCCACUGUUCUCAUCUCUGCCUGCCAGCGCCCAGGAUCAAUGAGAGGAGUCCUCGCAUAUCCUGCGCCUGUCCCACGGGUCUGAAGCUGAUGGCCGAUGGCCUCAUGUGCGUCGAGGAUCCACUUUAUUUGCCUCCGGUCACGAGACCCCCGCGCGCCCGCAAAACGAAACCGAGGCCAAAAUCCCCGAGGAGGCGACUGCCCACGGGUGUCCAAGUGGGACAUGCUGACACUCGGAUCGAAACUAACGAUGAUCUCCAGCUGAGCACCAGGCUGCCCCUGUUGCCCACGACUUUCGUUGCCGACCAGCGUCCAGUGAAAAACCAUACUCAAAUCGAAAAGACCACAACGCCCAGUGAGCAGCCGGAUUCCGGCUUUAUUGCGCUGGUGGUCAUAGCCAGUCUCAGUGGAUUCGCUGUCCUGCUAUCGGUGCUCCUGCUCAUUGGCUACCGCUACUGCAGCAAGCGACGCAUCAACUCGAUGAACUUCGAGAAUCCCAUCUACCGCAAGACCACCACCACAGAGGAUCACUUCAGUUUGCGCAAAAACCUGCCGGCGCGGAUCUACGACCACACCAGUGUCAUGGAUGAGGAGUACUCACCCGUCAUAGGCAUAUCCUCGUAUUAGAUUGAUUCCUCUGGAAUCGUGUGAAAUGUGGAUUGGAUGAUUGUUGCGCUUGGUCGCUGGCAAAAUUGGAUGACCAAUGCCAAACUCGAGACCCGCGGCAGUAACACACACGCCUGAAGACUGAGCAACUCUGUGUAUUGUGUAAAUUAAUUAUUUUAAAAUUUUAAGGCACGGCAAGGACGGCGGGUCACCUUGGAGCGCAUCCUCAAAGGAUGCUGUACAAAAUACUAUGUCGCAGAGUUCUAUCACAAAAAACAAAAGAAAACCACAAAAAAAAGAAACACAAAUAGUUACGAGAAACGUAAAAGAAAGAAAAGAGAAAUCUAAUUGCUAAUUAUAAAUUACAUAGUUCCAAACUGUAUAUAGCUGUAAGUGUGCAUUAUUUUUAAAUGAAAGCAAAUUAAUAUUACUAUACGUAAACAUGACAAAAAGAUCAUCGACUGCUGAUGGUCUACUAUUAGAGCGAGUUGAGAAAUUAUAUUUCUGUUGUCGUGGAGCAGAGUCGUUUUAUUAUUAUAAAAUUAUUACUACAUACGUAUUAGCCUUUUGUUAACUGUAUUUGUUAAGUGUACAUACAUAUGUAUAUGUUUCCCCACUAAAAAGAAAAUACGAUGAAUAAUAAACUCAGAAUAUACUUAUGUGUAGCGUA